CCAAAUUCGUUGCAGUUAAGUCGAUUGAAACACAUUUCCUUAAACGGUUGUAACAGCAGCCAGUUAGCAUUUUGUUAAUUCAACCUGUGAUAUUAACGUAUUUAAGUUUAAGCCGGUUAUUACAAACGGUGAUCAACGUAAAGGUUUAUCCAGAUCUGAACUAUCCAGCAUUGUUUUCACCAAUUACAAACUCGAGAUGAAUGAUGUGCAAACAGUGACUGGUUCGACGUUGGGUUCAACGUUUCCCCUAGUUAAAUUGCCACGUGAUGAAGAAUCAUGUGAUUAUAAUCCCUUUCAACACCGUAAAGUUUCACAUCCAACAACUGAUUCUCAAACGCUUAUGCACUUAUUAAAGGGUUCAUUGGGCUCUGGUAUACUUUCAAUGCCAUUGGCAUUUGCAAAUGGUGGCCUAUGGUUUGGACUUGCCUCAACGUUUUUGGUUGGCAUCAUUUGUACAUAUUGUGUGCAUAUUUUGGUGAAAUGUUCGCAUAUAUUGUGUCGACGUGCUCAAGUGCCAUCGUUAGCAUUUGCUGAUAUAGCAGAGACUGCAUUUUUGGCCGGUCCACAAAGUUUACACAAAUGGUCACGCUUUGCGCGUUUCAUAAUCAAUGCAUUUUUGGUGAUCGAUUUAAUUGGCUGCUGUUGUGUGUACAAUACAUUUGUUGCGAAAAAUGUUCAACAAGUGGUGUCAAAUUAUUAUCCUGAAUUUGAUAUGGAUCUACGAUUGUACAUAUUAUGUUUGUUGCCGCUAUUGAUUCCGAUCAAUUUGAUUCGUAAUCUAAAGCAUUUAGCCCCAUUGUCGGUGUUUGCAAAUUUACUUAUGGCCACCGGUGUCAUUAUCACAAUGUACUAUAUAUUUGGCGAUGUACCAUCACUUACGGAGCGUAAAUCGAUCGCUGAAUGGCAUAGGCUACCGAUGUUUUUUGGAACCGUCAUUUUUGCACUUGAAGGCAUUGGUGUGGUUAUGUCACUGGAGAAUAAUAUGAAAAAUCCACAACAUUUCCUCGGAUGUCCAGGGGUUUUGAACUUUGGCAUGGCUUUCGUUGUUAUCUUGUAUGCAUCGGUUGGAUUUUUUGGCUACUUGAAAUACGGUGACAAAACAAAAGAGAGCAUUACAUUGAAUUUGCCAAUGGAUGAAGUGCUUGCUCAAUGUGUUAAAUUAUUCAUAGCCAUUGCCAUUUUCUUCACAUAUGCACUACAAUUUUAUGUGCCAAUGGAGAUUAUUUGGAAAAAUGUACGCGGCCAUUUUUCGGAAAGCAAUAAGAAUGUGGCAGAAUAUGCGAUCCGAAUAACGUUGGUGGUUGGAACGGUAGCUACAUCAAUUGCGAUUCCAGAUAUCGGUCCAUUUAUUUCAUUGAUCGGUGCGGUUUGUUUGAGUACGCUUGGACUAAUGUUUCCAUCAAUCAUUGAAAUUAUUACAUACUACGAACGACCAGGCUACGGUAAAUUCAAUUGGGUCUUAUGGAAAAAUAUGCUACUGAUAGCGUUCGGUAUCGUUGGAUUUUGCACCGGCACCUAUGUUAGUUUACAUGAAAUUUAUAAUGAAAUAUUCAAAGUAAAAAGCCAACCAUAAUUUAUUCAGACGCCAUUAUGUCGUUCAUACAUGUAUACACAUAUAUCAAAACCAAGAAAUUCAUCUUAAUCAGAGGAAUGGGUAGUCAAAUUACGGUCGAUGUCAAAUUAAAAAAAAAUUGUUUAUACCACUAAAAUGUACAAUUCAAAUAUGACUAUACUAAUUUUGUUGAAUGUUCACACAGGUGUCGAUACACUUCGUAGUAACGAAUUAUGUUUCUACAUGUAUUAUUUCACCCAAACAUACAAACAUUUUUUUUUUAAUUUGACAUCAACGAAAAUUUGACUACCCAUCCAACUUAAAUCGAUACAUAUUGAGCGGAACGCAAAGACAAAUGUUCAAAACACUAGUUUUUAGUAGUAGAUAUUUUAGAAAAUGCUGAUCAACAUGAUUUUUUUUAGAUUGUAAAACAAACGAAAGAAUCAAAAAGAGUUUAGUCUAAAAGAACAAAAAUAAAGUACAUAAAGCAUUGUUGUUACCUAGUAACGUAUUGAAAUGAGCAAAAAAGAGAUGAAACAACAGAGACAAUUUAUAAUAAACUGUACACACACAUUGUUAGCGUUUAGUUCAAAUUAAAUUAUAUAUAUAUAAGAUAUCUAGACGCGUGUUGAUUUAUUAGGCGAUUUAAUGAAGAAUACAAUGACUGUGUCACUUGUCGGUUUUUCAAUUAAAACGUGCUCAAAAUUUUAAAUAGUAUUCUAUAUUAGUUAGCAUAAAGAAAAUGAUUAUAGGAUAAUUGUUUUUGGAAUUUUCUUCAGAUCGCCUGAAUUGCAGUUAAUUCAAUUUCAGUUUCAAUCCAACCGAAUAUUUUCAAUGAGAUAACAUUUUUUAUUUGAUAAUACCCUAAGUAUGUUCAAAUUUCGAAU